UGAAACUGUUCCUUGAUUCGCAAGAGAUAACCAGCUCUAUUUUACUGCCAAACUAAAGUCCAGGUGUAUUUUAAGAUGCGGCUGUCUCAUUGUGUGAUUUGCGGGUGUGUGAUUUUUGUUCUUUUGAUCAUUUUAUAGAGGAUAGAUUAUACAUGUAAACAGAAUGGCUAAUAUAUAUAGCACUGCAGGUCUGUUCACAUUAUUGUGCUUCCAUCUGUUUUGGAAAAUAGCUGCUGCGUCAUAUGUCUACGAAGAAGACGUCUUUGACAAUUUUCAAAAAGACGUUGGCAUGGGUAAUGCUUAUACAAACCAUUACCCAUGCUCUUGGUUAACAAUUUGUGCAUGUGAGUCUUCUAAUGUGGAUUGUUCUAAAAGAGCUCUAGAAUAUAUACCAAAACAAAUACCAGAAUAUAUUAUCAGACUGGAUUUAAAAGACAAUAGAAUAACCGACAUUGCACCGCGUAUUUUUCAAAACAUGAGCAAUUUGAAGGCUCUUGAUUUGUCACAUAACAAUAUAACAAGGCUUCAUAUUGGAAGUUUUCAAGGUCUGGUUGCACUGGAAUACUUAUAUCUGAAUGGUAACAAAAUUAGAUAUACCAGUACUACCAUUCCGCUUGGAGUUUUUAAGCCAUUGACCAGCUUGAUACAUCUGAAUAUUCAACAGAGUUUGGACAUAUUUCAAAACAAUGAAAUAUACCCGUUGCACCAGCUUGCUGAAAUCCCGACAUUGGCUUUCCUAGAUAUGGACAUAUGGUUUACAAAAAUAUUUGACGACGAAAACUUUGCUAAAUUAAAGUCACUAAGCAUGUUUAAAAGUGAUGGUUAUACUGGACGAUGCAAUCUUAUUAACAUAAAACAAAAUGCUUUCAAAAAUAUCGAAAAUAUAACAUUUUUGGCACUUUCAAACUGCAAUGUAUCUUUUGUUGAAAAGAAUAGCUUUUCCGAAAUGACAAAACUGCAAAAUUUGGAUUUGUCAUCAAACACUGCGCUUGAGUUCAAAAGCCUUCCGAAUAUAACGUAUGGUAUUCGAUAUAGAAAUAUACGUAAGCUUAAACUGAAUCGUAUUCAUUCUGAAGUGGGAGACUGUACUAGACUAGAAGUAGAUCAUCUGAAAUAUAUGCAAAAAAUGAAAAUUAAAUAUUUCUACUUAGCUGGAAAUCGUUUAUCGUUUGUCAAUGAAGCAGCCAUUGAUCUUGUACCCAGGACAUUUGAAGGGUUAUAUCUAAGCAAUAAUAGACUUGCUUUCGGCAAGUACAUCUUAAAAGCUCUAAUCAAUGGAUUAUUCAGAAACAUGAGGUCCUUGAUUAUAUCCAAACAGGACACAUCCAUCGUUUUGCCCGAAAACUUCCCAUCGGUAGCAGAAAAUCAUUAUAAAUCACAAAAAUACGUCUCUGAAAAAUCACGAACAGUUUUAACUGAAAUCAAACGAAACAGAGCAACAACACCAAAAAAAGAGAUAACAAAAUAUGAUUCACUAAGUUUAGAUGCCAGAUCAAAGAAUAAUAGAGUAGCUGGAAAUGGACACUGUAGUAACUGCAACAACGUAAAGGCAAGAAAGAUUUCAUUGUCAAAUAAUUUCAUGUAUGCCGACUUAAGUGACCUUAAAAAUCGCCAACUGUUAAAUGAAGUUUGUUUCUGCGAACCAAAUAAUCUAAGAAAAUUAUACCUUCAAAAAAAUGUAUUAUGGAACAUUCAAGGUCCAAUGUACGGAUUAACAAAUUUGCGAGAGUUAAAUUUAGGCUGGAAUUCAUGCGAAAACAUUUCAAAAUUAGCUUUUCGUUUCAUGUCUAAUCUGUUAACUCUUUUGCUAGACAGAAACUUUUUAAACGUACCACUUAAUAGUGAUGAUAAUGGAGAAAUAUUUCUGCAUCUGAAGAAACUUGAAGUAUUGUCUCUUUCAGACAAUAAGUUGCGCUGUCUGCCUACCAAGAUAUUCAGAGGUUUGAGCAAUCUACGUUUCCUGAAUCUCUCUUAUAAUUUUCUAACUGACUUGGAUUUACACAUGUCACAAAUGAGAAACUUAAGUGUGUUAUCGCUUCAAAAUAAUCUUCUCGAAAAUAUAAACAAAGAUGUUAGGAUAUUCUUCAAUGAUCUGGCAGUUACCAAGAAUCUUACCAUCGACUUAUCCGGAAAUAAGUUCAAGUGCACAUGCAAUGACAUUGAACUUCUUGAUUGGUUCGCUACAACUCGUGUACGAUUCAUUAAUUUUCCAGCUUACACAUGUGAAUUUAAAAACGGAAGUACUGGUUAUAUAUCAAAAGCAGCUGUAAUAUCAGGUACAUUAAAAAAUGAAUGUGCUGAUUAUAAGUUACUGAUAAUUUUGUCAUUGGGCUCGUUCUUAGUAUUUCUGACAGUUAUUAUUUGCGGCGUUAUCUACAGAUAUCGUUGGAACCUCAGGUACAUCUACUAUUCAGCUAAAUCCAAAUGGAAUCGGAAUGGAUAUUCGCAAAUUGCAGAGACUGAUGUUGAAGUCCCAGAGUUCGAAUUUGAUGUGUUUCUGUCAUAUGCUGCAAAAGACGGUGCAUUUGUUAAAGAAUCGCUGUUCGAAGAACUUGAAGAAAAGCGAAACAUGAAGUUGCUGAUACACGAUCGAGAUUUUCGAGCUGGAGAAUUUGUUAAUGAUAACAUAAUGCAUGCCAUUAUCACAUCCAGAAAGACUUUAAUCAUUCUUCCGAAAGCAUUUCUACAGAGCCACUGGUGUCGAUUUGAAAUGCAUAUGGCUAGGCUUGAGUCUAUAAAGACAGGGAGAAAUGUACUUUGUGUAUUGAUGAAAGAAGACGUCCCAACGAACAAAUUGCCACUAGAAGUAAUUGACAUCAUCAGAAAUCGAACGUAUCUAGAAAUGCCUGAUGAGAUGCAUAGUGCAGAUGUUUUCUGGGAUAGACUCAGGGACGCGCUUAUGAAUUAGAAGGACGUUUAUUGCUAUGACAAAAUAGAUUUUUGCAAUAAAAUAGAUGUAUAUUAUUUCUUGUUCCAUUUUACAGAACUUAUUAAAGUGACUCGUUCAUAUAUGUUGGAGGUAUUUUCAAGUUUAUACAUUUAGGAGACUUUUUCUCUCUCAAAAACCCAUAAAAUGUUGGUACUGUGAUAAUGACCAGUGGCACACAUUGACAUUUAAGUUUUGCAAGAUAUCCUAAUAGAUAACCAAAUAUAUUGUUUGAAAUAAUGGAGAAAAUCAACAUUCUCCCUGUUUUUACCAAUAUCUAACAUGUAUUUUCAUUCACGUUAUCAUUUUCAAUGUCAUAUAUACAUUCUACGCAAUCCUUUGUGGAAGUGAACAUGUUAAAAAAUUCCACCCAAACUGUCGGCGAGUACCUUUAAAGAAACAAAUAUAAAUUGCUUUAUCAAACACAGACAUACAAUAAAAGAGGAAAAAUUGACGUAUAUAGUAGCGCAAAAUUCAGUGACAAUUCGGGAAUAUUGAAAUAAAUGUCUUUGUUAAACCACAGGAAGAAUUAUAUAAACAAACUAAUGUAUGCAUUUGUGAGCUACUUUUUCGUUAUAAUACCUGAGCUUCUUCAAAAAGGCUACAGUUCGUAUAAAUUACGUAAAUACUUUGCUAAAGUUUUCAAUCGUAAUUAAGAUUUGGUUUUAAAAAUAUAACAGUAUAGUAAUUUAAAGAUUAUUCUGCCAGACGGUAUAUCAAAACGCGGAUUUUCUGGGGGAUGUAGUUUACAAACUUCGUAAGAUUUUAGCCAUGGCAAUUUUCCAAUAAUAUCUAGUAAAGUUAUGAAACGUUUUAAUAUCAGUACCCAAUUGUUAUGAGACACACUGCAUGUUUGGUGUUCAGCACAUUUCCAGUUGGACGCUACGCUUUCCUCUUUGAUUGGGCCUGUCGAAACAGGUAGAGGACUCUAUGAUGGGUAGUUCUCAAAUCACAUCGGGACUGAGCUAUUAUGAUUUCUGUCCUUUUGGGCUAUUUCGUCGGGCCUUUAUGGGUGUUCCCUUGUUAUUCUGUCUUCUGCAAAGGCACUGAGUACAUUCGUUUUAGGUUCUUAAGGCUUGCUUUUUAUAUAAAUGUACAAAGGCUUUUUGUGUUUUACAUAACAUGCCUUCUGUUGCAAUUGUGUAUGUUACGGUUUCACCUGGCGGAGAUAACUUUAUUUACACUGUGCUGUGACUUUAGAACAUGAUUUGGGUAAGAGUUAGGUUAGGUACAAGUAUACCGGCUUAAGCUCCCCAGUGGUGGUUUUGCCGCUGACCGUUCCAAGGCGGUGCCCCAAUGUGUUCCUUAGUUGUCCGUUUUGUCUUAGUGUGUUUGUUUUGAGAGAGUGUGUGUGUUGGUCGUGUGCGAGUCCGCGAGCUAGGUUAACGUUCUGGGAGGCUGCGUUUUUAGAACGUGGCUUUCCUUGGUCGAUAUUUAUCCUUUUUAUGAGGAAAGAUAGUAAGUUUUUUAUACUAAGUUUUUUAUAUACAUUUCCUGUUGAUAUUUUAAGAAAAUAUAGUGAUUUGAAUUGUAUAUUUGCUUAUUAGACUAUAUAUCUGUAUAUAGAAUUUUAGUCAGACUGAUUAUUUCUUAAAUGUGGUAAUAAAUGUAAAUGUCAAAUUUUAAAAUGUCUCUUACAUGCAAAAUAGUCUGUUUCAUAUUACUUUAUACUGUAUAUUGAACAUAUAUCUGUUCUUUUACUUGCAUUAUGUGUAAAUGUACAUGGGUGAUUAUUAAUUAAAUUGAGUUCAAUUC